UGUUUUGCUUGACAAGCUAACCCAAUUUUUUUCAAUCAAAGCUAGCUGGUCAACACCACAUUGAAACUAAAUAUAGCUAGCUACAUGUGUUUCUGUAAUUUCAAACUCUAAGUAAUGUUACUGAUGUGCUAGCCAGCAAGUGUAUCGUUGGGCACAUUUGGAAUACAAUGCCAUCUUCGAUGGAAGGAUCUUCUAGAGAAGGUGAACCGUUUACUGUGAAACAUGAGCUGAAAAAUGCCAACCUGACCGGCCACGUAGAGAGGGUGGGAAUUGAGAACUUUGAGCUGCUAAAGGUGCUAGGAACUGGAGCCUAUGGCAAGGUGUUCCUGGUGCGUAAAGUGAGCGGUCAUGAUGCAGGUCAACUAUACGCCAUGAAGGUGUUGAAGAAGGCCACAAUCGUACAGAAGGCCAAGACAGCAGAACACACACGCACAGAGAGACAGGUUCUGGAGCACAUCAGACAGUCACCGUUCCUUGUCACCCUCCACUAUGCCUUCCAGACAGACACCAAGCUGCACCUCAUACUAGAUUAUGUGAACGGUGGGGAGCUCUUCACACACCUGGUACAGAGGGUUCGGUUCAAAGAGCAGGAGGUAUCUCUGUAUAGUGGAGAAAUAGUCCUGGCGCUGGAGCACCUACACACGCUGGGUAUAGUCUACAGAGACCUGAAGCUGGAGAACAUCCUCAUGGACUCCAGCGGACACAUAGUGCUCACGGACUUUGGCCUCAGCAAAGAGUUUGAUGAGUUGGAGAGGACUUACUCUGUCUGUGGCACCAUUGAGUACAUGGCCCCAGAGAUCGCAGAGGGAGGAGAGGCUGGCCAUGACAUGGCUGUAGACUGGUGGAGCCUUGGAGUAUUAAUGUAUGAACUUUUGACGGGUGGAUCACCAUUCACUGUCGAUGGAGACCAGAACUCUCAUACAGAUAUCGCCAAGAGGAUCUCGAAGAAGGACCCUCCGUUCCCCAAAGACAUGAGCCCUCUGGCCAAAGACCUCAUCCAGCGCCUCCUCAUCAAAGACCCAAAGAAGAGACUGGGCUCUGGGCCUGACGGAGCUGACAACGUUAAGAAACAUCCAUUCUACCAGAAGAUAAACUGGGAGGACCUGGCAGCUAAGCGGGUGCUCGCCCCGUUCAAGCCAGUGAUCAGGGAUGAGCUGGAUGUCAGCAACUUUGCGGAGGAGUUCACCGAAAUGGACCCCACCUACUCCCCUGCAGCGAUGCCUCAGAACUGUGACCGCGUCUUUCAGGGUUACUCGUUCAUGGCCCCCUCCAUCUUGUUCAAGAGAAAUGCUGUGAUGGAUGACACGCUGCAGCUGUGUGGAGGAUCAAGAUCACAGAGACCAGGGUCUGCUGCUGUGGCCCGCAGCGCCAUGAUUAAGGACUCUCUGUUUUAUAUGAACUAUGAGAUGGACCUGAAGGACAAUGCCCUUGGUGAAGGAAGCUUCUCUAUCUGUAGGCAGUGCACCCACAAGAAGACUGGACAGAUGUACGCUGUGAAGAUCGUCAGUAAGAGGAUGGAGGCUCAGACACAGAAAGAGAUCACAGCUCUGAAGCUCUGCGACGGCCACCCCAACAUCAUCAAGACUCACGAGAUUUACCAUGACCAGCUGCAUACGUACCUGGUGUUGGAGCUGCUGCGUGGUGGAGAGCUGCUGGAGAGGAUCCGGAGGAAGCAGCACUUCAGUGAGACUGAGGCCAGCCGCAUCAUGAGAAGACUGGUGUCAGCCGUCAGCCACAUGCACGAUGUAGGAGUGGUACACAGAGACCUCAAACCAGAGAACCUGCUGUUCACAGAUGAGAGUGAGAACGCUGAGAUAAAGAUCAUAGACUUUGGGUUCGCCCGGCUGAAGCCUCCAGACAACCAGCUGCUGAAGACACCGUGUUUCACCCUGGCCUACGCCGCGCCGGAGAUCCUCAAGUACGACGGCUACGAUGAGUCAUGUGACCUCUGGAGCCUGGGGGUCAUCCUGUACACCAUGCUGUCGGGUCAGGUGCCGUUCCAGUGUCAGGGGAAGAGUCUGGCCCGCACCAGUGCUGAAGAGAUCAUGAAGAAGAUUAAACAGGGAGACUUCUCUUUUGAGGGAGAGGCUUGGCGGAGUGUCUCACAGCAGGCCAAAGACCUCAUACAAGAGCUCCUGACUGUGGACCCUGACAAGCGGAUCAAGAUGUGUGGUCUGAGGUACAACGCCUGGCUCCAAGACGACAGCCAGCUCUCCUCCAACCCUCUGAUGACACCUGACAUCCUGGGUUCUUCCACCACCGUGUCUGUACACACCUACGUCAAGGCUACCUUCAAUGCGUUCAACAAGUGUACACGGGAGGGUUUCCGUCUGCAGACGGUGGACAAGGCCCCGCUGGCCAAGAGGAGGAAGUUGAAGAAGACCAGCACCAGCACAGAGACUAGGAGCAGCUCCGGAGAGAGCACCCGCUCCUCCUCCUCCUCCUCCCAGUCCCACCCGGACACCCGCUCCUCCUCCUCCUCCUCCCAGUCGCACCAGGACACCCGCUCAUCCUUCUCCACCUCUUCCUCCUCCUCCUCCAGCUUGUCUCACCACAACACCCACUCCUCCUUUUCCUUUUCCCAGUCUCACCAGGACACCCUCUUCUCCUCUUCCUCCCUGUCCCACCAGGACACCCUCUUCUCCUCCACCCUGUCUCACCAGGACACCCACUCCUCCUCCACCCUGUCUCACCAGGACACUCACUCCUCCUCCACCCUGUCUCACCAGGACACCCACUCCUCCUCCACCCUGUCUCACCAGGACACCCACUCCUCCUCCACCCUGUCUCACCAGGACACCCACUCCUCCUCCACCCUGUCCCACCAGGACACCCACUCCUCCUCCACCCUGUCCCACCAGGACACCCACUCCUCCUCCACCCUGUCCCACCAGGACACUCACUCCUCCUCCACCCUGUCCCACCAGGACACUCACUCCUCCUCCACCCUGUCCCACCAGGACACCCACUCCUCCUCCACCCUGUCCCACCAGGAGAAGACUGGGGGAGAUGGUAUCGCCGACCCUCCAUCCCAACCUUCCAUCAGCUCCACCACCACCCCUGUCACCACACCCCUCUCCAUGGGCUCAGACAACGACCCCGCCCCGGAACGCUCGCCGCCUCCAGCCUUCUACUUCUCAGACUGA